GAGGUAAAAGAAGGGGAAAAAGAAAAGAAAAAAUCUCAAAGGAAAAUUAAAGGAUUGUUUCUGUUGGAGGUCAGUAUCUUUCCAGCUCCCUUCUCAUCCUAUAGGUGGGGUUGUCUGUUGUUUGCUGAUGUCUCCACCCUCAGGGUGGGAGGGUUGGUUUGGGGGCGGAGCUUCUGGAGGUGGGGUAUAGCACUUGCCAGUCCUCAAGGAUCUCCUUUUGGGCCUGCUCAUGUGAUGUGGGUGCCUGGUCUUAUAUGCUUAUAUCGCCUGUAGACCUCCUGGUCUCUACUUUAGUAUCUAAACUAUAUCUCACUCACCCCUUCCUUUCUAAUUCCCAUCAUAAGGACAGGGAAAACAGAAUUAUCUCAAAAAUUUUUUUGGAAAUAACUGUUAGAUCUAGAGUAGGUUUGGGGGCAGGUGUAAUGUUCAAUUAGAGAUGAGAAUCUUUUUUUAACUUACUAUAUUUAACAACAGAUUUUAAGAUCCUUGCAUUAGAAAGUGAUCUGUGGACUGGGGAUAUCACUUGGUGCUGGAACACUUGCCUGCCAUGCUUGUAGCUCUGGGGUUGUCCCCUGCACCAUAAACAUACAGAAAGAGUGUUGUACCUUUACAGUUGGAAAAAACUGUAAAUGUCCUGUGGUGGCACCUGUGAUGCUUGCAUUGUCCUCAUAGAAAGUUAAAAUCUGGAAAACAUUGCCAGACUGACAGCCCUGGGGGCAAAGGUGGACAGUGCCUGUGGCAAGGAGGUGUGAAUCGGCUCUGGGCCUGUUUUUUUCUGGGCCUCAGCACCUUGGCCUGCCCUUCUAAUCCUUGGACCCUUUUUAACAACUCCAUGCUGUCUGGGAUCUCCCUGUGGCUGAAUCCACUAACAGGAACUGAAAAUGGCCCUUCAGCUAUGCUAGGUCUAUAAUGGGAAGUGUUACACUUCGAUAUUUCUGUUAUGGGUGCCUUUUUACAUCUGCGACCUGGACAGUUUUGCUCUUUGUUUACUUUAACUUCAGUGAAGUGACUCAGCCACUUAAGAAUGUGCCCAUCAAGGGGUCUGGUCCCCACGGACCAUUUCCCAAAAAAUUCUACCCCCGUUUCACACGAGGUCCAAGCCGAGUGUUAGAGCCACAGCUCAAAGCAAAUAGAAUUGGUGAUGUGCUGGGUAAUCACAUUGAAGAUCCAGAAAAAGACCACCUGAAAUUCUCUUCUGAGUUGGGCAUGAUUUUCAAUGAACGUGAUCAGGAGCUGAGAGACUUGGGCUAUCAGAAACAUGCCUUUAAUAUGCUCAUUAGCAACCGCUUGGGCUACCGCAGAGAUGUGCCGGACACCAGGGAUGCCGCAUGUAAAAAAAAAUCUUACCCAGUCGACCUGCCAGUUGCUAGUGUUGUCAUCUGUUUCUACAAUGAAGCUUUCUCUGCCCUGCUGCGGACAGUGCACAGCGUGGUGGACCGCACGCCCGCACACCUUCUGCAUGAGGUCAUCCUUGUGGACGACAACAGCGACUUCGAUGAUUUAAAAGGAGAAUUAGAUGAGUAUGUACAAAAAUACCUCCCUGGAAAAAUUAAAGUCAUAAGAAAUACAAAGCGUGAGGGAUUGAUUCGAGGACGGAUGAUUGGUGCAGCGCAGGCCACAGGAGAAGUGCUUGUGUUCCUGGACAGCCACUGUGAAGUGAAUGUGAUGUGGCUGCAGCCCUUGCUAGCAGUCAUCCAUGGGGACCCGCAUACCGUGGUGUGCCCAGUGAUUGACAUCAUCAGCGCCGACACGCUUGCCUACAGCUCGUCUCCAGUGGUGCGCGGAGGGUUCAACUGGGGCCUGCAUUUCAAGUGGGACCUGGUCCCCCUUACUGAGCUGGGUGGGGCAGACGGAGCCACUGCACCAAUAAGGUCACCUACCAUGGCGGGGGGACUGUUUGCCAUGAACAGACAGUACUUCAAUGAGCUUGGACAGUACGACAGUGGCAUGGAUAUCUGGGGAGGAGAAAAUUUGGAAAUAUCAUUUCGGAUCUGGAUGUGUGGCGGUAAGCUCUUCAUCAUCCCUUGCUCCAGAGUAGGACACAUUUUCCGAAAAAGGCGGCCCUACGGGUCUCCUGAAGGCCAGGACACCAUGACACACAACUCUCUGCGGCUGGCUCACGUCUGGCUGGACGAGUACAAGGAGCAGUAUUUCUCCUUGAGGCCUGAUCUGAAGACCAAAAGCUAUGGAAAUAUCAGUGAGCGGGUUGAGCUGAGGAAGAGGCUGGGCUGUCAGUCCUUCAGGUGGUACUUGGAUCAUGUCUACCCAGAGAUGCAGAUACCUGGGCCCAACGCCAGACCCCAGCAGCCCAUUUUCAUCAACAGAGGACCCAAGCGGCCCCGGGUCCUGCAGCGUGGCAGGCUCUACCACUUCCAGACCAAUAAAUGUCUGGUGGCCCAGGGCCGCCCCAGCCAGAAGGGCAGCCUGGUCGUGCUGAAGGCCUGCGACUACCGGGACCCAACGCAGAUCUGGAUUUACAAUGAAGAGCACGAGUUGGUUUUAAAUAACCUCCUUUGUCUUGACAUGUCCGAGACCCGCUCCUCAGACCCGCCUCGGCUCAUGAAGUGCCACGGGUCGGGUGGAUCCCAGCAGUGGACCUUUGGGAAAAAUAACUGGCUGUACCAGGUGUCCGUCGGACAGUGCCUGAGUGUGGUGGACACCCUGGGUCCCAAGGGCUCCGUAGCCAUGGCCAUCUGUGAUGGCUCCUCCUCACAGCAGUGGCACCUGGAAGGGUGAGGGGUGCCACCCAGUCUGCCAGCCCAGCCCUGGGGUCCGGCUGGUGGGGAUCCUGGAGAGGGCGGCCAUCUGCAGGCAACCAGGAGUCUCCACUGACGUCGCGGCCCCUCUGAGCCGCUCUCAAGGAAUCUGUUGCACAUGGAGGGCACACAGGGCUGAGCCCGGCGGGUGUUCCUGCUGGUUUGUGCUUCUCUCACCCCUUGGUGAUGGAACUUAUGAUUUCCUGUCUUACAGGGCCUCAUUCUGUUAUCAUUUAAUAUGUUUUAAAUCAUUUGAAGAAGUUGGUUGAAUCCACAAUGAUUUUUAACUUUGGAAGGCAUUUAUAAUAUUUAAGAGGCAGUCAACUAUUAUAAAUUAUUUUGAUGACUUAUGACACUAUCCACAUUUAA